GACAUAACAUCAUCAAUUUUGAGGUUAUGAAGUUGUUGUCCUUUGUUUAUUUUGAGGAUGGUCGGUUAAAUAAAAUUGAGAUAUUUCCUUAAACAAUGUCUGUGUGUAAAUACUGUGAGGAGCUAGAAAAUAAGCAAGACAAACCAGGCCUAGUCUGCAAGACUUGCCUGAAUUUUGUACAUUUAUCGUGCCUGCGUCGGCCCGGAACUCCUGGCGACUUUGCCUGUGAUGUCUUCUUCGAUUUUGUCUGUGAAGACUGCACCCCAGAAAGGAAGGAACUGUUUAAACGGAAUAAGUUUCCUUGGGUGAAUGUGAUAUUACUGACACUGCACCACCUCAAUUGGCACUCCUAUGGCAUCAGUAAUCAUGGAUUUUUCCACUACAAGACACAUAUUUGCUCAUUUAUUGACAGAUAUUGGCACCAACUCUUUGGUGGUAAUAUUAAACAAAAGAAGAACUGGGUGGGCACAAUCGCCGGAGUCCUGUCAAUUUACAACAACAUAGUGUUCCGCUCCGGAUCAGUCGCUCUUGGGGAGACAGGCUGGUGGAAACUAAUGCACGGCUUCUCGCCAGCUGUUGCUGCACAUAUUGUGCAAGAAUUAGCCCGAGACAAACCCAAAGGCCGUCCACGUAACCAGAUGUCUUUAGACAUGACUCUUUUCGUCGCCAAGGUCACAGAAAUGGGUUACAAGGAUCUCAUUAACAAUGAUGACUUAGACAACAUGCCAUUAAUAGAGCCCGCCAAGAAGAGGAGGCUGGACUAUGAAGCCACCUCCAGUAUGUCAAACACUUCUCACUACGAGCUAGUGGAUUCCGACAGCAGAAAUGAGGUGGGCGACGAAUGCAGUUACGACGAGAUGGACUUCAAGGAGACCAGCUUUAGAGGAUUCGAGUUCGCGAAUUAUGGUCACGUGGCGCCGCAGCAUAGCGACUCAUCAAGUAUCCACUCGCUGACACAAGUCCCGUAUUACGACUCAGACUCGCGCAGUCGCUCCCCGACCUUCACUCAGCCGGAACUUACCGGAGACAGACCGGAAAAAGUCCGGGAAACAAAACCGAAGAAGGAUCCGGAAGAAAAUGUUUUCGUCAAGAGAGAUUCGCUGUUCUCUACGCAAUUGAACUCUGUGGACUUGCCUUGGAUUGAAAAGCUUCCAGAAAAACGCGAAGACCUAGUGGAGCUGACGCAAUACGAAGAGGUCCAGCUGCUGAAACAGGUGGAGGGCCUGUCGCACAAGGUCGCCGACCCCUGCGGCAAGGCGCGCCUGCGCAGGCUCGCCGCCACACUCCGCCUGCGCAGGCUGAAGCGCCACAAGCAACUGCCGAUCUUCGAAUUAGACAAGAGGGUGAAAGUGUUGGGAGGCUACGUAACAGAAGACACGAAAGUAAUCGCCGGUUCUGAACGAGUGCUCGACAGGUUCCAAAGAUCUUCGACGCACGCGGCGUGCGGCACAGUGUGGAGCGGCGGCGGCGGCGGCGGCGCGCUGCUGAGCGCGGCGCACGCAGCCGCCGCGCCCGGGCGCGCCGCGCUCAGCGCCGCGCCGCUGCGGCCCUACAUCCGCCGCGACGCCGCCGCCGCGCCGCUCUGGCUGCGGCUCACCGACGAACUGCUCAGGAAAGCCAACAAAAACGUGCCAGGCUACGAGCCCCCUCCACACGCGACACUGGACUACUCGUACGUGCGGCCGCAGCACAUCGCGGCGGUCAACGACCUCUGCGCGCAGCACUUCUGGCCCGGCAUCGACUUGACCGAAGCCCUUCAAUAUCCAGAGUUCAGCUGCGUGGUGACAUACAAGCGUUUAGUUGUGGCUUGCGCGUUCCUAGUCCCUGACGCGGGUCACAAUGAGGCGUACAUAUCAUUCAUACUAACCCGGCCCGAGUGGAGGAAAGCGAAGAUUGGUACCUUCAUGCUGUAUCAUCUGCUGCAGACAUGUUCAGGCAAAGAUGUUACCCUCCAUGUGUCACCAACAAACCCAGCCAUAUUCCUGUAUCAGAAAUUUGGCUUCAAGGUAGAAGAACUCAUACAAGAUUUCUACGAGAAGUAUUACGAUAUAGAAUACAAGGGAUGCCGGCACGCUUUGUUUCUACGUCUCAUUCGAUAAUAAACAACGAAAAUGA